AUGUAUACAAAUCCUAUCGAAGCUUUUGCAAUUAAUAUUCUCAAAAAUACAAAUGUUCUUCCUGAGAAUACUGUUUUUCCAGAAGUAGACCCAUAUUCGUUAUGUGGAGAAGGUCUUUACUUACCUCAGAAAUUCUUACCAUUUAAAGAAUUUACCUUAGCUUCGUGUGGGCACAUCUAUCACCAGAAAUAUCUCGAAAAGCAUCUGGCAACCAGCUCUAUUGAGGUUGUUAGCAUUACACCUGGUAAUCCCAAAAAUUUGGAUGACUUGAUUUCAAAGGACACUAGUGGUCAGAUCUAA